UUUGUUAAAAUUAUUCCAAAAAAGACGAUGUUCCCUGGAGCUCGGGGAUGCGGUUUAAAACACCAUCAAUGGCCGCCAUGGUAGGGAGAUGCCAUCAGGUCUCCCUUGACAUUGGCCUCCCCUGCUCCCAUUCCCUAGCCAAACGUUGAUCCUAACCCUAGAAGGAGGUUCUGAUCGGCAUUCGGAGGUCGGUCAUGGCGGCCGAGCGGGCGUGGGAGGCGACGCCGCCGCCGGUCAUCGGAAAAGCCGGGAGCUACACGGUCUUCCUGACCCCUCCGGCGACGCCAAAUCCCUCCGAGGCCCCGAGAUCCCCAGUUCCCAGCCCUGGGUCUAAUCCUAGCUCCGGCCCUCGAAAGGUCGCUCCUUUGCCUCCCAAGUCUCCUCCCUCCCCUCCUCCUCCUUCUCCCGUGCAGGUUCCCCCGCUGAAUUUCGAGAAGCCGCGUACCGAGUCGUCGGGCUCCGCGUUCGGGUUCUUCUGGGACGCGGUCGCCAAAGUCCAAGAUGUGCAUUCGCGCUUGGAUGAGUACUUGGCAAAUGUGUUGGGGCUGGAUCAGUCGAAGUAUCAGUGGGCUUUGAACGAUUACUACGAAAACAAAGGAGCGGUAAAGGAAAGUGGCAAAGCAAAAGGACUUGUUACCAAACAGCAAGUUGUGUAAUUUGUUGUGUUACUUCGACAUUAUGCAGUUCUUAUGACUGCACAUUUAAUGCCGUAUGAUGAAAAUUCCAUCUGAAUAAUUUACGCAAAAGCAUGUGGAGAGAGGACUAUCCAUUGGAAAGCUGGGUCUCAUUACUUCAGAUGCCAUUCUGUCUUUGCUAAUUAUGGUGUGGCUUCCAAGUCAUGGAGUCUAUUGCUAUUUAAAAUGCUAUCAUCUGUAGAUCAAUUUGUUCUUAUCAUCUAUGAGCAAUGAAUUAGAGGUCGGAGUUUUGUUUUUGACCUUGCUACGAUCUUCUUAUUGGAAAAAUGACAAAUAUGCAUUCUCUUAUGCACAGAGUCUUUG